GAACGUUUAAUAGGGAAAUGUAAAUGUUAAUAGGAUUCUAGUUCUCAUUUAAUAAAUGAAAUUCCUAAUUUUAUGCACCGAGAAUUUUCAAUGCUUAAACUGAAUGGAUAGAAUAAGUUAAGCUGAGUAGCAGGAAAAGAACGGAGUAGUAUAUAAAUGCAGGGGUUAAGGAUUCACUCUUCGAACAAUUCACCAUGAUGAAUACAUGGGUUUGGAAACUGCUCGUGACACUUGUGCUUUUUCAUUCAGCCCAAGCUAGAGGAGGACUGGGUUACGGCGGUGGUAAAGGUAUAGGACAUGGUGGUCUAGGUGCUUACGGUCCAGCUUUGGGACUUGGAUAUGGAGCCGGUCUUGGAGCAUAUGGAGUUGGUUUUGGAGGAUACGGAUCAGGUCUCGGAGCAUAUGGAGCUGGUUUUGGAGGAUAUGGAGCUGGUUUAGGAGUUCCCUUUGGACCUGCUGGAGGCAUUGGAGUGGGUUAUGGUGGAGUUGGUUUAGGAGGCAUAGCAAAUGGACAAGCUGUGGGCAAUUUGGGAGGUCCACUUCUUGGUGGUUACGGUCUAGGUUAUGGACCUGGUCUCAUAGGAUAAAUGUUUUUUUAAAGUGUUUGUUUUUUGUUAUAUUUUGUUUAA